UCCCAGUUCAUGGUCAUGAACAUCAGGGUAGGACCGUGAACAUAGAUCAAAACGCCCUGCUUCACUUAUGGAGUUCACGGUCCAUGGCUCCAGUUCACCGUCUUACGACCGUGAACUGCCUCGGCGUCAGUAACCUCUGAAACUCCUCUGGACUCUCUGCGGUUCACGGUUUGUGGUUCCAAUUCAUGGUCCUAGAGACCGUGAACUGCGGCUGGAUCCUCCUUUUUGCCCGGUCUUUGCGCCUUUUCUUCCAACUUUUGACUCCGGGGUUGGUUUCACCUGUUAGUCUUUGAAACACAUUGAAACACAAGAAACCUAGAGUAAAACCACCAUUUUAGGAGCUCAAAUGCCACAAACGCCAAAGAGAAACGGGGAUAAAAAGUGUACAUUUAGGCCCGAAUCAGUUAAUGCAGGGAAACCUCGUAUUAGCACCUAGGUUUUGGUUGUGGGUGACCGUCCAAACUCCGAAUCGAGGGUGAAGUCUAACCAACCCUUAGUCAAUAGGUCAAGAGAUUCACGUUGGUGGCUUGAAUCUAAUUCCCUUCCCUCGAUAUAUAGACCGAGAGAGUGGCGCUUGGCUACUUAUUGCACUUCCCUACGGUUUAAAACCCCUUUACCACACACGAUCAUUCGAUCCAACAAGUCGUAAUUGUUAGCUAGGGGGAGCAACACCCGGUGAAGCCUUCUCAAUUAGUGUCAAAUCCAUUUACUUUUGCAAACGUUUUAGCUAUAGAUUGUUGUUUUCACUAAAAAUCAAACGCUAGAUAAUGUUACAACCAAUCGAAGUAGGGGUACAUGAAUCGGCCCGGGUCGAUAUUUAAACAUACUUGCCCUAUACUGCACCCAGUUAAGGUUUAUACUUGGGUCUUAAUUGGGAGUUCUAUUGUGGUAUUCGGCAAUGUAGUCAAAAGCGCGUUGUCGGGGAGCAAACGGUUCAUUAUUUUGAAAAGAUUGUUUGGUGUUAUUAUAGCAACCAAGGACCAUGGGCUACUACAUGGCUCCAAGGCUAGCGGAUAUUCAACCCGCCAUUCAACAUCCACCCGUGGCCGCCAACAAUUUUGAGAUCAAGCCUACCCUUGUCACCAUGAUUCAAAACAAUGGCCUCUUACCAUGGGCUUAGCAACGAGUCUCCAAGGGAGCAUGUUCAGAAGUUCAUUGAACUUGCAUGGAGUUUGAAGAUUAAUGGUGUGCCCGAAGAUGCUUUGAAUUUGAGGCUUUCCCCUAUUCACUUGUGGGGAAUGCGUCUUGGUGGCUCAACAAUAGGCCGACUCUCUCGAUCACUUCGUCGGAUGACAUGCUCAGCAAGUUUAUGAUUGAGUAUCGCCCACCUUCAAAGACAACGGAGUGGCGCAAGAAGAUUACCCACUUUGAGCAAGAGGAAGAUGAUACAUUGAGGGAUUCUUGGGAAAGGUACUCUGAUUACUUCCUCCAAUGCCCACAUCAUGGAUUCGAGGAGCAAUUCCAGAUUGAGACCUUCUAUGACAGUCUCCACCAAGACGACAAGAUCCUCAUUGGCUCCUUAUGUCAAGGGAAAUUGAUGAACAUGACUACAACCCAUGUGACCAAGUUGCUUGAAGACAUGGAAAGUAUAGGGUAUGAUUGGGGUUUGACGAGAAGUGGAAAGAGAAGCACUACAAGGGGAGUGAAAAGUGUAGGAGUGAGUCCCCCGCUUGAAGCCAAGAUUGACCGUUUGAUUGAGGCACUCCUAGAGGACAAGAAGCAUGGGAAGAGGGUGGUGAUGGCGUGUGAUUGGUGUUCAAGUACCAACCACGAGAUUUCGGAUUGUCAAAUGAUGAAGGAAUCAAGCACUGCCAAGGAGGAAGUGAGUUUCAUUGCCAAUGCUAGGCAGAACAAUCCCUAUAGCAACACUUGCAACCCGGGGUUGGGAAAUCAUCAUAAUUUCUCUUGGUCUUCUCCUACCAAUCCAAGACACCCUGGUUUCCAAUGACCAAUGGGAAAUUAUCAACCAAGGCCUACUUUCAUUCAACAAAGGCCGCAAUUCCAAGGCUCUAACUUCCAACAACCAUUUCAAGCUCAAGGAGGUCAAGGGUUCCAACAAACCGACAAGUUUGCAAAGCUUGAAGACCUUGUGACCACUUUUGUGAGCACGAGCACUCAAAAGUUCGAGAAGAUUGAGAAAUUUAUGGAUGUGGUAAAUUUUACCUCGGUUGAGGCGGGAUUAAAGAGCCAUCAAGCAA